AUGACCACAAUCGACGCAGACGCAACUCCACAGGACGACUUCAAUGUAGACGGCUGGACCUGCGUUGUCACGGGCGGCAAUACCAGCAUCGGCCUCGCAAUCUCGAAAGCGUUCGCGGAUAACGGCGCUCGCGUAUACAUCUCGGGUUGCCGCCGCGAUACUAUACGUUCACCCGCUCAGGUCUCAGCUUCCCAGGACGCGCACCUGAAGGGCGAAAUCAUCCUCCUGCACCCCGCAUCCAUAACUCAGCUUGUUGAGCUCAUCAGCGAGCGCGAGGAAUCCAUUGACGUCCUAGUCAACAUAGGUGACAUCGCCAACGACGGAAUGGCCGCUAAAACGGUCCCAAACGCCCUCAGCAUGACUACUCUGAGGGAGACUACGGACGCUCGGGAGCCCACGGACGACGUCCACGACCUGGUCUCCCUCUACGCCUGCAUCUCUCUCCUAUCUCAUGGCCUCGCCGCCAGUCACUUCUCCGAAACCGCAGCCUUCAUGCCCCUCCUCUCCGCCGCCAACCGCGCAGGGAACACCGCCAUUGUCAUCAACUAUCCACCCUCCGAAGCUGACGAGGGCAGCGCGCUCUGUCGCCUGGGGUGCACGCCGUCCAAGGCGGUCUCCGUCCAUCUGACGACCCUCGUGGCGCUGGAGAUGAGGCGUAAGAUGGCGGGCGUUCGCGAUUUGAGAAUUGUGACGGAGUCGUUGCCCGCGACGAGUGAAGGACCGGAAGACUCAAAAGCAUCUCGUGUUGAUGCUGAGGAUGACGCCGCUCGAGCGGCGCUCUUGCUUGCAUGCCAGCAGCGUGUGAGCGGCUCGCCUGCUACCGUAACCUAA